AUGCCGCCUGACGAAACGACAUGCUCUUCCAUCGAUGAAGGUCGACGAAAAGCAUUCUCACAAUGGUUCAGUACUGCAUCUUUUGAAGCAUUUGCGAAAGGUGUAUCCUCAUGCAACGACCGUGAGUUGGGACGGCGGGUUUGGACUCUUUUAGUUGACAGUGGGGUUUACGAAGAGGGAUUUGAAUAUUCUGCAUGGAGAACCGAGGCAUCAUCUCAAUUCAAGAGCAAAGCAGGCUCUGGCGAUCUCAUCGUUCUUUCGGGGACUCCGCGAGUCGGACAAGGACGCCCUCUACCACUGGGAUCAAUAACCCGUGUAUGCAACGAAGAUGUCAUACACCCGCCUAUGGACUGCAUUUAUGUUUCCAGCGCAACAAAGAAAAAAUGA